AUGACCCCCCCCCCCUCCACAGUGUGCAGGGAGUUAUUUAAUGAGCCUUUCUGUGUGUGUGUGUGUGUGUGUGUGUGUGUUUUUUCAGAGCAUUCAGACAGAAACAAACCUGAACAGCGCCACUCCAGCCAAGGGCCGCUCUCCUCCAUCAGAGCCGUCAUCAAACGCACGUCAGCGAGGACGAGCUCUCAGACUGACCCUCAGAGAGAGCGCAGGCGUCCACAAAUCACCAUCCUCUCUGCUGAACCGCUGCUGUCCAAUACAUGGUUCCCAGGGGAUUCUGGGGCCUUUCCUCCAGCCCCGCCCCCGGCUCCGCCCACUUGGGCUGCAGGCUCGGCGACAGUGCAGCUCCCGCCUCCUUCCUACGAGCAGGUGAUCCGAGAAAAGAGCCGUGAGCAGAGUCUUCCCCCCUCCGCCUCGUUAUCUUCAUCUCCAUCACCUGGUCACUCCACCAGCACCAUCGCCACGCAGACACACAGAGACUCCCCCGGCCCACAAUCCUCUGCUGCUCGUCCAGUUCGCAGACCCCCCAAACCACCGCGCCCCUUACUGCCCCUCGACCACACGCCUGAAGUGGACCAAUCUCGAGACGCUCUGCACAAGCAGACGGACUCCGAUGACAUCAUCGAUGACAUCACUCCCAUAGACCCCGCCCCCAUCACCACCACUUCCGCUCAGAUCAACCUCGAUUCCCCAGCUGAGCCGAUAAAAGAGGAGCCGAGCGUACGUCCCAGACCUCGGCCGCGCUCCAGAGUCGCCCUACGACCCAACGACGACGUCCUGGACCAGACGAUGACGAGAGAGGUCAAAGUUCAGACUCUAGUGCGACUGAAGGAUGACGGCACCGAAAACAUCUUCGCCGGGUUCGAUGAUGCUCCGUCGGACAUCUCCAGCAAAUACCUGCAAGACCUGCUGGAAGUGUUUGGUUCAGACGCAACACCUGUCCAACAUGAAGACAGUCAACAAAGUGAUGCAAGCAAUAUAGAAAAUGAUGCACCAUGCACCUCUAUAACACCUGAACCUGUAGAACCAUUAAAUAGACCAAAACCACGACCUAGAACUCAGAAAUCGAAAUCCCAGCUCGCCCUAAAACCGUCUGUCUUUGAGGUUUUUGAUACCAGUGAAACUACUGUUGAGCAAAACCCCUCCAAACCCCUGAGUCCACCAGUUCCAGCACCCAGACCCCUUCUGAAGAAACUCCAGAGUCCACCAGAGUCCAGACCUUCUCCAGCCACCCGUCCUGACAGCACUCCUCCCGGCCAGCAGAUGGCAGUGGAGGUCUCCAGCUCGUCCGAGAGAAGAAGUUCGGAUGAUCGAGCUAUAAACCCUCCAGUGAAAACACCACCAGUGACUGUAACGGACAAGAGCGCUGGAAAACGUCCGUCAGUCCCCAAACACUCCCGACCUCCUCCACCUCUGCUGAGGAAGACACGCUCCGCCUCACAGGUGGAUGUUUCCAGAGCUUCUGACACCUCCACUCCUCCUCUCUCUUCAGGCAGCGGAAGACUCCUCCCACUCCGGCCUCCUCCAAUCAAAGUGACCAAACCUCCAGGCUCCUCCUCCUCCCCUGCUGCGACCAAUCAGCUGCCAGGCAGCAGGGUGCCAAAGCGAUGCCCGCCCCUCCCACCCCGACCCAAACCAGGACAUCCACUUUACAAGCGCUAUUCU